AUGAGUACUCAAACAUAACAAUAAAAAAAGCAAAGAAACAUUCUUCACAUUUGUUUAAGCUCAAUGACAUCUGCUGCAAUAACUAAUUCAAUAUUAGUACCUUUAGAUGUAAUUAAAAUUAGAUUGUAAAAGUCAUCUAUGGAGUAGAAGGUGGGAAAAGUGUCUUUUUUAUCAACUCUUAAACAUAUAGUUAAGCAAGAAGGAGUUAAGACACUGUUUAAUGGCCUCUAGUAUUCAGUUUAUUAAAGUGUUGGAUUUAAUUUAACAAUGUUAUUAGUUUAUGAAAGAUUAUCUCAUUUUGUAGAACAUAAUAUAACAAGCAAUUCUUAUUAUAAACCUCUUAUCACUUCUGUCUUCUCUACAUCAAUUGGCACUACUUUAGCAUUCCCACUCGAAUAUUGGAAAACUGUAUAAUAAUCAAAUGAAGGAGUUUCCAAUAAAAAGGGCUUUUAACUAGGUAAUAGAAUAUACUCUGCCUUAAUAGUUUCCAUAUAAAGAAAUGUUGGAUUUUUCAUUUUCUUUUGGCCUAUAAGCGAAAAUGUAAAGAAGUUCUUGAUUUAAAAGCAUUAUUUUUCUGAAUUAAAAACCUACUAAAAAGGUAGUGGAAGUGACAAAUAAACUUAAUAUUUGAUUAAAAACUUUAUUUUGAAUUGGUCUGCUGGUAUUUGCGGGGCCAGUGUUGCUGGUUUCUUGACUUAACCAUUCGAUGUACUUAAAACUCGUAAAUAAAUAAAUGAAGUGUAUGGAAAAUAGGGAAGUAUCUAAUUAAUGACUGAUAUUGUAAAAAAUGAAGGAGUAAGUCACUUAUUUGUAGGCCUUUAACCAAGAUUUGUUAAGGUUUUAGUAUAUGGAAGUAUGUUCUUCUCUAUCUAUGAAAAUUUUUUGCAUUUAUGUGAUUCUCACCUUCCAUUCUGA